GAAUGAAAGCGUCACAUGUCUAUUUUCGCGGUGAGGGCGCUGUGCGGUGCCCUCAGCUGGUGGAUGGUGGAGCUAAAGCUGUGGCUGCCUGAUGCGGCUCUGAGCUCACAGUUGUCGCUGUGCGGUGCAGUUUUUCUCCCCCUUACUGUGUGCAGCCAACCGCAAGAAAUGGAUGUGUUCCUAAUGAUCCGACGUCACAAGACGACCAUCUUCACAGAUGCCAAAGAAUCCACCACAGUCUACGAACUGAAGCGCAUUGUGGAGGGUAUUUUAAAGAGGGCACCUGAAGAUCAGAGGCUUUAUAAGGAUGACGUGCUGCUUAAUGACAGUCAGACUCUUGGAAAUUGCGGCUUUACAAAUCAGACAGCCCGGCCUCAGGCCCCGGCCACGGUGGGAUUAGCUUUUCGUCUGAGUGAUGAUUCAUUUGAACAGCUGAGGAUUGAGCCCUUCUCCACUCCCCCGGAGCUCCCUGAUGUCAUGAAGCCCCAGGAUUCAGGCAGCACAGCCAACGAGCAGGCUGUACAGUGAGCUCGGGGCAGGGAAAUGAGAGGGACAUACAGGGGGUCGAAGGGAGGGGUUGAAUUUUUGGGAAGUGAUCCCUCAGCGGGGGAAGUUUUAUCUUGCCGACGACCGAUCUUCAGCUGGGCGUAAACAUUUUCAAAAGCGGAUUCCCCUUGGUGUAAAUGUGAGGGUGCUUCAAAAUGGUUCAUUUGUUCUGAAAUCGGUGAGCGCAUGCUAGAUAAAUUGAUAAUUUCACAAAAGGCCCCACUGAGAUACCUGACGGACUUGUCACGACACUGUCAGUCAUCCAUGGGAUCGGUAGAGGCUGAACAUGAAUAAUUGUACCUCGUAUUUAAUGGAUUCUAGUUUAUUUGGAGUAAGGCUGACUGCCUUACUUGUGUUCUUUGAUUUGCUGGCUUCAGAGUGGGGGUUGACACAUUUUUUUAUGUUUGUGUGUUUCUUUAUUCAACUAUUACUAGGAUUAACUUUUUUUUUUUUUUGACUAUGUUUAUUUUUUUGGUCGUUGGCCUGGAUGUGUUGCUGCAAUAGCUCGUAGUUUGUGAAUACCUAAGUUACUCUCUGUGUUUCAAGAACUUUUGAAUAAUAUUAUGCUAAAAUAAAAAAGAACUCACUUUUUGGCAGAUGAUCUGGUAUUCAGAUGAACAAUUCUUGGUACCCUGUAAGAGCUGUAUUUGCAGUUCUCAUACUGCAGCUGCUCUCAGAAGUUACUGAGACUGAAUGACUCGUUCGGAUCUUCAGUACAUAUCUUCAGCAAUCAAGAUUUCAUUUGUGGUAAUUAUUCCUUACCUUUACCUUCCUAAUGUUGGUGAGGACUUCUUCAUCUUUCCUCAUCAGUGAUUGGUUGUAGCCUGUGAUCUAAAUUGGUGGCCCGAAUUGCUUAGCAGUUUGAAAUGGGGAGGUGACAUGUUGUGAUGAAAUUAUGAGUUGUGCCUGGCUGCUUAUUUUGACUAAUUUAUCCCAGAACCAUUGCUCAUUUAUGUCAAGCUGCAGUUUGUGCUGUAUUUUACACUGUUAAUACCAUAAUGUGUAUUAUUUUCAAAAAUUUAAAGAUGUAUUAGAAAUAAACACUUCUGCACAUCAAAACUUCACAUUAUGGUAUAACACUGGGUCUCAUGAUCUAGAAAUAAUAAUUAAAAAAAUAUUAUUAUUAUUAUUAUUAUUAAUUAAAAAAAUGAAUUUAAAAAAUGUGUCCGUUAUUACAAGAAGAGAAUAUUAUGGCCUGGUGGGUGUGGAAAAGGAGUUGUUUAAUGUUACAUUUAAAAGCAUAUUUGAAAAUUGAGGCUGUUAAACAGUGGGAUGUGAUAAUCAAAGAUGCACUUGUAACUGGUUUAACAUUAAAAUAAUUGUUUUUCA